AUGUUCUUGGGCCCUGGACCGGCUGUUGGCCCAGGAGUCAGGGCGCCACUGCGUGGCAUCAACUUGGAACCAGACCCGAAUAUCUUGCGGUUGCGGACGGAACGGCUUAACAAGGAUUUUUUGUACACUUACAGGCUGAAACGCAAAGAAUAUUGGGUGUACAAAGCCGCCGCCAGACUUUGGCGAGAGGGAAUUGAAUGGGCGACCGCUUUGGAGAUUGUAAGCGAGGCAUUUGACGCUACAACCCACUAG